GCCCGAGCCGCUGCCAACUCAUCGCGCUGCCACGCCUUUGCUGUGGGACUAUUUGUGACAAUCUAUUCGCUUUCAGAGACAUUCCAACUACUGCACACGUUUUACAAGCAACAAUCUUGCCGCAGCUGUCGCUUGCGCAGCAAGACCACUCUGACAGCUAGAUGGCAAUGAUGCGCAUCGGACUCCUCUCCGUGCUCGCACGUACCGCGUCGCUGCGACCCGCAGUCGCGCCUGUGAACCGCGCCGCGUCGACGCGUCGUGCAGCGGCGGCCGACCCCUUCGCGGAGAACCGGGCUCCGAUAGUCCUCUACGACGGCGUGUGUAGAAUGUGCAACUUCUGGGUCAACUGGGUGCUCGACAACGACCCGACGGCGAAGCUGAGGUUUGCCGCGCUCCAGUCGCCCGCGGGCCGUCGGCUGCUCGAGCGGUCGGGCCGCAAGCCGGACGAUAUCUCGUCAAUAGUACUAGUUACCCCCGAGAAGGCGUUCAUCAAGAGCGAGGCCGUGCUCGAGAUCGGCAAGCAACUCAGCUUAACGACGCCGCUCGCGACCAUCGCGCAGGGCGUCGUCCCCCGUGCUAUUGCGGAUGCUGCUUAUGACACGAUCGCAAACAACCGGUACAACAUUGCCGGGAAGAGGAGCUACCGAGACUCGGACGCGCGCCUCGCGGAGCGGUUCCUGAGCGAGGACUGAGCCAGCGGAUGUG